ACAGAUAGGACUCACUGACGUCGAACCGGCAUUAGGAUUUUUUGAUCGAGUCAGCAGAUUGUGUUCGAAGCAAGAAGGUAUAUGGACGACGCUAGGUUGGGUGCAGCGUUGGAGAGAUUUGAGGGAGAAGGUGGACCUUGCAGAGAGGAAUGGGAGAUAGCUUUCCCAGCCUAUGGACCUCGUCUCUCGGAGCAAAUGCCAGUCGUAAUGGAUACGGUGGUGUUCUCGUGUUGCCAAUCCUUUCUGACGAACACUCGGCCUUCAAGAUGUAGAAAGCCUAACUUGACGCCGUCUUUUGUACCCCCUGACAGCCAUCGCGACCGAGGAAAUAUCCGUCAGGGAGAAGUACUGGGAAUGUCGGGUUGUUCCCGGGAGGGAAUCAUAUGGGUAUGGUAUGGUCUUUUUCUCUCCACCCUACGAGCUCUGCCUGUUGGCAGACUUUUGUGCUUUCUGGGAGCGCAGAAAUUCCCUCGAACCGAAUUCCUAUUCUUUGACUUUCCAGCUGCUGAAUCCUUACCUUUUGUGCCCUAGCAGUACGAAUAUAAUCCCCCUACUUUUCCGAUUUCUCGUCACCCCCGCCAUCGUUGAGAACGUUCAUUUUUUGUCAUCAUCAAGAUUAUCUGCGCUGGCGAUCAGGGUCAAGGCCUAUCAUUCGUAUACGCUCAAUGUCUUUAUCGCCGACAAUCUAGGUGACUAGUUCUAUUUUAAAACCGAUUCUGCCGCCAUGACUCUGGAACC